UUGCAGGCGAAGCCGGCUUUGGAGAGCUGCUGUGGCAGGGGCAACAUGGCGGACGUGAUAAAUGUCAGUGUGAAUCUGGAGGCCUUUUCCCAGGCCAUCAGUGCCAUCCAGGCGCUGCGCUCCAGCGUGAGCAGGGUGUUCGACUGCCUGAAGGAUGGGAUGCGGAACAAGGAGACGCUGGAGGGCCGGGAGAAGGCCUUCAUUGCGCACUUCCAGGACAACUUACAUUCGGUCAACCGGGACCUCAAUGAGCUGGAACGUCUGAGCAAUCUGGUAGGCAAGCCAUCUGAGAACCAUCCUCUUCAUAACAGUGGGCUCUUAAGCCUAGAUCCUGUGCAGGACAAAACUCCUCUCUAUAGUCAGCUCCUUCAAGCAUAUAAAUGGUCAAACAAGAUAGGCCAAGCACACUGUUCUGGUCACUGGGGCUGUAGCUGUGAGGACUAGAGGAGAUACCUACUCCUAUGGGGCUCGCAUUCUCAGCAGAUUUUGACUUUCUAAAGGCAGAGGACGUUUCUUUGUAUGUCCGUUCAUGUCCAGCACUGUGCUCCACAUCCAUCAGGCCAUCCCCAUUCUCAGCACAUUUUUAUUGAGCGCUCAUGUAGACCCCUCUGCUAGGUCUGUGAGGCUUGUAAAAUGGAGUACGAGACAGUUCCAGCAUUCCUGUGGCAUACACUUUGGGAAAAGAGUAAAGAUAGAUACACACACAAAAACCCUACUCUAUCAUGUGCAGUGGUCAGCCCUGGAAAAGGUGUUUCAGAAAGCCUUCUGGUCUGGCUUGAGCAACUUCAGUUCUUCACGGCUCCCUGCAUGCCAGGUACUUAAAAGGAAAGGCAGCCUACUUAUUGGGUGUCGAGGACCAAAAGGACACAUGAGAUGUCGCACAAGUUGCCUAUAAUUUUCUCACUCCUGGUCCCAAAGCAGGCAACUUCCCAUAUUCGGGCUCUUCCUCUGGAUGGACGUGAUCGAUGGUGGAUAUGUGAAGGUUCCGUCUUGGGCAUUCCCAGCUGGCUGCUGAUGCUCCUCAUUUUGGUUGCUCAGCUUGUUCCUUACAGCAGAUUUUGGAAAGUUUGAGUAAGGCUGCUGAGCAUCACUGGAGUUGGAGCAGGGAGCGUGCAUGUCGGAGAAGCCCUUCUUGUAUCGGGCUCAACUCUCUUAUGGCCCAGCUAUCCCCGUGCACUCCCCUUCCCCAAAUCUACCAGAACAGACUUGGUUUGACUUGUCUGUCUUCCCUCAGGUUUUUUUUCAUCAGACACAGCUCUUCCAGUUAUUGGCACAGUCCAUCCUAAGACUUAGCUUAAGUGUUAAUGGCUGAACAAUCUCAGCCUAUUAACACUAAUUGUAAUAAUAUUUAUUGAAUGUGUGCUUUUUGCCAGCCACUUUGCUCAGCCCUUUUCAUGUUCUUAAACCUCACUAACUCCAGGAACCGGAGUGUGAUUUUGCUCAGUGAAACCUGAGAUUGUUUCUAGAGUAAUCGAAUAGUAUUGAGUAGCAGUGUUAUCCCCAAUAGUGGAAGAGAGCUGAGGCUUCAGAACGUUGAAGAACUCUCCCAAGGUCAUAGAGGUGGUUAAGGAGAGGGCCUCUGGUGCAUAUCCAGAUGGUCGACUGCAAACCCACAUUCUUAAUUAGAUUAAGAGUAGUAGAACUCUUUCUCUGCCUAGAUCUUGUUGAUCAGUAGAGAAUUCAUUCUGAUCUGUUGUUUGUCUUAAACCAAAAACAUGCCCGUCGUUAAUAUGUAUGACUUUGGCUUUUUUUUUUCUUCCAAGGGGAAAAAUCGUAGUCUUGUAUUUAUGUGGGAAAAUCCUGACACACAGGCUUCCACCUGCAUUACCCUUUCUCAUACUGUCAUAUCCGUGUGUAGCAAUCAGAACUUAAAUAGACCGACAGAAAUCCUUUAGCAGUCCAGCAAAAAGUACUGUGGGAGCCUGGAGAGAAACUUUGAUCUUCUAGUACCAGGUUCUUUGCUAGAUGCAUAAGAAGCACUCUUAACCCGAUUGCUUAAUGCAUCAAGCUUGAGCCAACUUUCUGGGCAUUUAGGUUGUGUGUAGAUUAAAAAGAACAAUCUCUACAGUAUGUUAGAAAGAGCUGGCCAACUAGUCCUCGGCAUUGCGUUUCUUUAGAGUGUAUACCUUGUUUCUGCAGGCCUUAUACAAUUGUCCUUAGGAUUUUUCCCAAGUGUUUUACUAGGAAUUGACCAAGAGGCAUCGUCUUGUAAUAGAUUGUCGUCCUCAGUUGCGUGAGAAGAAUUCUGAGUUGGGUUUCCUCAUCAAUACAGCUACUCAUUUAGAACGACCUACUGGGUAUAUUUUUCCUUUUCUCUCAUUACAUCUAUCAGUUUAUUAUCUGAUGUGCUUAGAGUGACAGACUUUGUCACUCUAAAAGGUGAUCAUUCUAAUCAGUUUUGUGAAAUUUGAGUCAUUCCUGGUGUGUUGGAGGAAGCAAAUUUCUAGGUAUGGUCACUUGUGAAAAUCGCAAGAACAGCUCUCUUUGCCUGUUUGCAGUGUGCUGGGCACUAUGCUUAAGGCUUUUGCACACCUAAUUCCAACAACCAUUCUUCAUCUGUAAGAAGAGGCUGACAAUACUGCCCUCCGUGGGUUUGUUGUGAGAUAGGAAAAAGGCACUUUGAAAGCCUGCCUUAGGGACUGUGCCCCAUAAACAUAAAAACAACUCUCUCCUUACGAGGUUGAACAUUGCCUUUCUUAUUGAGCUGAUAAAGAAAGUGGCUCAGAAGGGAGGGAAAACACCCAGAAUCACUCAUGUUGAGUUGGGGUUUGAACUCAGGGCCAUCUCACUGCAAGGCUGCAUCUUCUGUGCAUUAGGCCACACUGCUUCCAGAGUGUCAGCCUUUGCUGCUUCAUGGCCACGUACAAAGGAAAGCAGAUGCCUCCUUGGACCCGCUGCCUCCUCACAGUCCUGAGCCACCACUGGGCCUUGUUCUUCCAAUUCCCAAAAGGACAAUGCAGUUGUUAAAAAUGAUCAAUAAAAAAAUUUCUUC